UCGUCAUUCCAGUGAGAGAAAAGAUCUGAGGUGGUUGAAUUGAAUGCUAGAGAGAGAGAGAUUCAUGAGAGUCGGUCUAGGAACAAAAUGAGGAGUGGAGCGAGGAUUUGGGCGAAAAUGGGGAGAGGGAAAUAUUUUCACUAGGUUCUCUUUAGAUUUGCAAAGCUUCUUUUUGAAUUUUUGAAGGGAGUGACAAAAUCUCUCUCAGCUUUGUGGUCUCUCGGACAAGAAGCAGAUCAUUUUCGCUGGCCAUUGUGAAAUUGCCUCUGCAUUUCCUAUCGAAAGCUUCAACGUAAUUCUCUUCGAGGUUCUAGUUGCUGGGGACACUAGAUAGUUGGGCUCUGAUAGAUCUCUCUGUUCUUUGUCCUCACGAGUUAGUGAUUGGCUCAUUGGGCAGCUAUAUUUGUGGGAUAUAUUACUCGAUUUCUGUUAUAUCUGCACACACGUGAAGUGGGAUUGUGGUGUUUUCUGAUGGUGAUGAGAUUGUGAUCACGAAGGGAUCAGAUUUCCAUCCAGAAAAGGUAAAAAAAAUCUCCUUUAUAACAGAAGAUUAACGUGGCAGAACAUCUGCAAAGUUUGACCCUUGGAAUCGCAUGGAAGAUUGAUCCAAUGGCACAAGAAAACCAAGCCCAAAAGUGUAGUAACAGUAGUAGUGGGGGUAAUAUCACCAUUGGGAGCAACAACAGCAUUAGGUCCUCCAAGAAGCAGAAGCAGAAGAAAGCCCCACAGAGAGGCCUUGGUGUGGCACAGUUGGAGAAAAUCAGGAUUGAGGAGCAGCAGAAGAGAGAUGCCGCUGCGAUUUUCCCAUCCCCAGCGACUAUUUCUCAGGGCGGUUCGUGUUACUUGCCAGCUCCUCUAGCGAAUUAUCACAUCCAAGGCGAUUUUGCCCUGACGAACUCUAUAUUCAGACCAGUUCCCCCGCACCCAGUUCAGAAUUUCGAGGUCCCGAGUGCAGGCGCCUUCCCACUGGUGAACCAGGGAAGAGGUUGUGGCCUCGAGACUGAUAGGCAGUCCGGUGCAAUGAUAGUGCCUGAGCACUUCCCUUAUAUGUGGAAUUUCCCCGAGUAUAGUGGUGAAAUUAAGACCUCUUUGAUGGAUCCCGGAUCGCAAUUGUGCUCAAGACCGAGUUUACCUAUUGAUCCCGGUUGGCCUUCCCUUGGACCAGUGCGAAAAGGGCAAUAUGAUUGUCCGCCUUUGCUGGUGAAUGCAUCACCAAUGACUUCUUCAGCACCUUCACUUAAUUAUCAGAUGGAGCCCCCUUCAAACCAAAGUCAUCUUAGCAAUUAUUUCCCAGCUUUGCCUCUGGAAGAGAAGAUGAUCGGCGUGAAAAGAUCGUAUCCCUUCUCUCUAGAAAAUUCACCAGCCCCCUACUAUCCGUUCAAACUCCCUGUACUUGGCCAUCCAAAUGGCACGCCCGACGAACCAUACUCACGUGGUAUUGGCAAUUUCAGCAGUUUCAGAGAAAGUCCUUCAUGCCCUCCCCUGCUAUUGGAGUCAAAUUUGUCGAAAAGCAUAAAGAGCAGUGGAACUUUGGGUGGGGAGUUCCUCACUCUUGGCCCUCCAGCAACAUCAACUCCUCUAAACUCAAAGCAGCCUCCGGCUUUGCUAACAUUGAAUGAUCAGAAUGUUCCUGAUUCUGAAUCACAAGCCAAUAAAGGAUCUCAAGAGGGUUUAGGUUUCCACCAGGCAUCAAACUGGAGACAUCGGGAAAACCCUUGCUACAACUUUCUCGCUCCAGCAAUGGUACCGAACAACCAAGCAAAUACGUGCAUGAACAAUUGCAACAGCAAUCCUGGGGCAAGUAUUGAUCUCAAUUUGCGAUUGUAGAGAACUGAUGAGGGCGUGAUAAGCUGGCGUCCCUUGUUUAAACUACAUGCCGAUGGUUUUUAAUCUUGAUUCUUUUGUAGCUUUGAAAGAUGAUUACAUUGAUUGUUGUGGUUACAGCAUGGGAUAACUUCAUCCAUCUUUGUUCCCUUUGUGAAAA